AUGGGCAGCGUUAGUAACAUUGGCUUCGCUUCAGUGUUCAAAGUACCUUUGGAUACGCAACUCCUUUCAAAGCAGAUUCGGAACAAAUCACCAUGCGGAUAUAUAGUUCCUCCUUAUCUUAACUACUCUGUUAGCCUCACUCCAAUAUGUUGUAAACUGUCAGAAAGUGGGAUUCAGGAGAACCUCACCACCCCCAGCAAGAGGAUUUACAAGACCAAGGACAGGAUGGAGGAGUACAACAUAGCUAUGAAGAGAAUGAUGAGGAACCCUUAUGAGUAUCACCAUGAUCUGGGUAUGAAUUAUACUCUUAUAACGGACUACUUGAUCGUGGGCUCCCAACCGCAGAAACCCGAAGACAUAGAUCACCUCAAAAAAGAAGAGGGUGUGGCAUACAUUCUAAAUUUGCAACAGGAUAAGGAUGUAGAGUAUUGGGGAGUAGAUUUGCAGUCAAUAAUAAGAAGGUGUCAUGAACUUGAAAUUAUCCACAUGAGAAGACCGGCAAAAGACUUUGAUCCAGGAUCCUUGCGAAGUGAACUACCUAAAGCAGUUGCAUCCUUAAAUUGGGCUGUUUCUGAGGGGAAAGGAAGAGUUUAUGUACAUUGUACUGCAGGGCUUGGAAGAGCUCCAGCGGUGGCAAUUGCUUAUUUGUUCUGGUUUUGUGGCAUGAAUCUAAAUGGAGCAUAUGAUAUGCUAACUUCAAAGAGACCUUGUGGACCAAACAAAACAGCAAUACGUGGAGCUACCUAUGAUUUGGCUAAGAAUGAUCCAUGCAAGGAGCCAUUUGAGAAUCUUCCAGAAUAUGCGUUUGAGGAUAUAGCAGACUGGGAAAGAAACUUGAUUCAAAAUCGUGUUUCUACAUAUCUGAUAUUCCUACAUGGAUUGCCACCCUUGCUGGGAUGGUCCCAGGUCCCAUGA